AUGUACUGCGACCAAAAUCUAGUACGAUUGAAUGUGAUAAUAAUCAUGAAGCGCCCAAUGAAAAUAGAGCAAAUAAUAUUUGAUCUCGUUCAGUUGAGGGCAAAAAAAAAUUUACAAAAAGAUAUAGAAAAUUAUAAAAUGAUGGCCAGACAGGCGAUGGUGAAGGUUCGUACUUACUCGCAUACAUUCGCCGUGUUUGUGGACGAGUCGAGUCAUCCAAAAUUAACAAUCAUGGUCAUGGAAAUUGAAACUACUAUUGAAGAAUUGGCGGAUUUUUUACAAAAUUCCGGUUAUAGAAGAGUUCGGAAUAUUUUGAUAGACGCAGACUUCUAUUGGACGACUAGCAUUCGAACCACAACACGAGCGGAACUGAAAAACAUCGCCCUGCACAAAAGUGUCUUCAUGAAGACUGCCUACAUCAUCUAUCCAGGCUCCCAUGCGGUGGACGGCAACCUGAACACCAUGGCCCACACGACCAACGGAGAAAACUGGAUGAUCGUCGAUCUAGCAGAUGAGUACAGGAUCCAUUAUGUCGUCGUGCAUAACCGGGCAGAUGCUUACUUCGAUUCGUUGGAUUACUUCAGCGUGGGACUGUUGGAGAGUUAUGAGGAGGGUGAGCCGGAGAAGAACGAGUUGUGCGGCAGGUACCCCUACACGACGCCUGCCGGGGUGGCUGCCCGCCUCAACUGCACCUUAUCAAAAACCAAAUAUCGCUACGUCACUUUGUUUGCCAACGAAGAGAAGUCAACUAUCAGCAUCAUGGAGUUUGAAAUAUACGGCACUAGCAAGACCAACUUCAUGGACCAACACAUCGGUUGUUACAAAACAUUGUCCGGCAGGGAAGUACAUGUUGGAAGUUUUACCUUUGUGUACGAGUGUCAAGAUAUGUGCUCGUCAUACUUGUACAUGGCUAUUCGUAAGGCAGACGAAUGUUAUUGCGAUGGAAGUCUCGGUCAGGUUUCAACCCUAGCUUCCUGUGAUUUAGAGUGUGCAUUCGAUGAUAGCUCGUGCGGUUCCAACGACAAUUUCUCCGUGUAUCUGCGUCGAAAGAGAUCCAACUUGAACACCACGGUGAUGUUUGGAAGGCCUGAAAAGAGCAGCGCCUGUUCGGAUGAGUUCUACGAACAAAUAGCGGAAGACCCAACAUCGACAGACUACACGAGCAAGCAGACUUUUUACGACAGGACGACCAACAAUUGUGUGGCGGCUGAAACGCCAUACACUGGACUGCAAAACAACUCCUACAUUGAUAUACAUUCGUAACGUAAUGUUUAUGAAAUAAUUUUUCCUAUUAAUCAAAUGUAUGUAUUACUUAUUUUAUUUAACACUCACAUUCACACACCCUCGAGCACUUAUAUGCGUGUAAGUAGGUUAGUAGGUAAGAAGGUCUCUGCCAUCACAACGUUUUUCUUUGUAAACACACAAUGGGUGAUAAACAUUUGCGACUUAUCUGAUUAAUUAAAUCAGAUCUAUUUGAAAAUAAAAGAGCAAUAUAAUUAUUUCUGAGAAGAAAUUGAGUUGAAACUCCGUUAAAUCGAAGGAAACACCAAACAUUAGCAAAUGAACGUUCAAAUUACAAUCUGGUUCAUCAUUACAAAGUCCGUUUUGUUUUAAAUAUGAAUUAAUUAAACCAUGUCUUGUUGGAAAUAAAUAACUUUUGAAGG